AUGAAUUUAUCAGGUUUGAGCAACAAUGUGGUCAAGUUUAAUAGGCUCAAUUAUGCUGAUUGGUCAGAACAAAUUCAGUUCCAAUUGGGUGUGUUAGACUUGGAUAUGACAAUUAUGAUGGAUGAAAUGCCCGUAGCCAUUACAGAGACCAGUACAAGUGAUGAAAAAUCUCUUUAUGAGGCUUGGCAUAGGUCUAACAGGUUGUCACUAAACUUGAUGCGCAUGUCUAUGGCAGAAAAUGUAAAGCAUUCUAUGCCUAAAACGGAAAACGCAAAGAAAUUCAUGAAAAUGAUCAAAGAGUACUCACAAUCAGACAUAACUGACAAGUCUAUUGUGAGAACUCUUAUGAGUGAGCUGACUACCAAAAAGUUUGACUGGUCACAACCCAUACAUGAACAUGUAACUGGAAUGGCUAAUAUAGCAACAAGAUUGAAGUCAAUGGGAAUAGAGCCAUGUUGGUACAAGAGGAAGGGAGAUUGA